AUGGGUGGCAUUCGAAAGGUUUCCCACCCUAAUCGACACAGUAACUUUCGACGUCGGUUGGAGCGUGCUUUAUCGUUGUCACCUUCCGAUUCUGAGAGUGCACAAAGCCCAUCGCGAUCGGCAGAAGGUGACACCACAGAAGAUGAGUCUCUUCAGGAGGAAAUUCGCUUCUCCGGUCUCCAACGAGGGACAAACCUGGUGAACAGCAUCCCGCAAGAUGCUGCUGAAGACUGGAUAGAGGAAGAUAAGCUUGGUGAAAAGCUGGAUGUCCCGAAAGAGGAAGAAAAUAUGGAGAGUCGUGCCAUGAUCGCCUUCCAGUGCAUCGCAGAACUACGACACCUCUAA